UUAGUAGCUAAAUUUCAUAUAAUUGUGAUCAUCUUGAGACUUGGGAAUAUGGAACCGUUUGUGCUACGUGGAUAUAUAGACGAAUGGCCUGCAAUGAAAUGGACGCCGGAAACUUUAUGUGACUACGUGCGACCCACAUCGACUACGAAGCAUCUGAAACUACGUUUCGGAUCAAGGAAGCAUAUCAGAGGAAAUGUUCUCUUCGAGAAUGAAUCCAAGUAUUUGUCGAUCAAAAAACUGGAUGAUAUGCUGAAAUGGUUCAUUGAUGAUGUGCCAUUUUGCAAAGAUGACGAUAACGCUGACAGUCAAAUACAACGAGACACACACUGGGCAUAUUUUGAUUACAAGUACGUUUUUGAAGUGAUGAACCCUGAGCGAAUCAACGAUAUUGACUGGAAAGUAUUUGGGGUUAACGUGAAUCCAGUUGAUUCUACGAUUUGGAUUGGAACACCGGGUGCCUACACACCAUGCCAUUUCGACUCGUAUGGCUUCAAUUUACACGCUCAGUUACACGGUGCGAAACGAUGGAUCUUAAUGGAGCCGCAAGAAGAAAUGAAACCAACAAGGAUCCCAUACGAAGAGUCGACUGUUUUCAGUCGUGUUGAUGUUAUCGGUGGCGAUCCGUAUCUGAAAGAUGUACCGCUGAGAACGGUGACUCUAAAUCGCGGUGACGUACUAUUCGUGCCACCUGGUUGGUGGCAUAGUGUUCAGUGUGUUACACCGGGGGGAUGUGACCUGGUCAGCAAGGAUGCCGUCAGUGUUUCGGUGAACACAUGGAUACCGGUGCCGAUUUUUGAUCGAAUCGGUCGAGCUCGCGAAGCAGCAGCCUCUGCCAUCGUUUCUUUAUUGGCUGAAUGUCAGCUGAUCAAGACUGCUGAUUUGUGUCCUUCUGAAUCAGCGUUGUGUUUGGGAGAUUCGAUGGACGUCUUGGGAGCAGUCAUUGAUGAUUUAAAAACGGACUGCGAUGAGGAGGAUGACGAAACCACAUCCGAGAAUGCAGUGGGAAACACGACAUUGAGCGGUGAGCCGCCUUCAUCGAAACGCUUGAAAUGUGACCAAGCUGACAAUUCGUGUGAGGUUAAAAUCUCAUCGACCGAAAAGGAUGCUGGUCAAUUGCAUGUCUUCUUGAAGCGAUACGAAGAUUCUGGCAUUACAGUUCCAUCGAUCAGUUAUGAAAAUUUGCUGAAAGAACUAAGGAGUGGACCACUCGAGUUGGAUGAUAGUGAAUUGAACGAUCAGAAACAGAAUGAGACUGCUUCUUCCCGAAAAUAUUUGGAAACAAGACGUUUCUUAGAUGCACUGACGUGUCCUGAAACAAUGCAAACGAUUGUUGAUCACAUGUUGAAUUGGGAAUCUUAA